AUGUCCGACACCGAAUACAAUGGAGAGCAAAAAGAGCUAUCUAUCAAGGAGGAGUACCAAUUAUGGAGAAAAAAUUGCAGAUACAUGUAUGAGUUUGUCAGUGAAACGGCAUUGACAUGGCCAUCACUAACCAUACAAUGGCUUCCAAACCACACUACUGAAAGUGGAAUCAUCAAGACAAAGCUUCUUCUUGGUACACAUACGUCAGGCAAUGACCAAAACUAUUUGAAAGUUGCUGAAACCGAGCUUGCUGGAAGUGGCGAGCAGAAAGCCAAUUCCAGAAUCAAGGUUGUGCAAAAGUACACCAACAAUCAAGAGAUAUGCAGAGCAAGGUACAUGCCACAAGAUCCAAAUGUAGCAGGUACAAUUAAUGGAUCAGGAGAGGUUGACUUGUAUCGUUUGGAUAGUGAUACAAUUAACAGCUACUCGCAUUUCAGUCCCCACUCAGAAAAUGGUUAUGGCCUUUCCUGGAAUUUGAUCAACAAGGGAUUAUUAUUGACAGCUGCUGAUGAUAAACUAGUAUGUGUUAGUGAUACAAACAAGGACAAUGAGUUGGUAUUUAAAAACGGAGACCUGGGUGACAUUGUUAAUGACGCCAAGUGGCACCAUUUUAAUGGCAAUCUAUUCGCUUCAGUUUCUGAAGACCAAUACACUUACAUUUACGAUACCAGAGCAAAAUCAGUCGCGUCCAAGUACUACUCAAAAGCAUCCUCUGGUAUCAAUUCAUUGACAUUCUCACCAUUUUCACAAAAUUUACUCGCUAUUGGUAAUUCAAAUUCAAGUAUAAAUUUGUUGGAUUUGAGAAAACUUGACAGUAAAGGUACAUCCGGGUUGUUGCAUACACUAAUGGGCCAUACUGAAGGUAUAACGUGUAUGGAGUUUUCGCCACAUAAUGAUGGAAUAUUGGCUACGGGUGGACUGGAUAGAAGAUUAAUAUUAUGGGACUUGUUCAAAAUCGGUGAGGAGCAGCAACAAGAAGAUGCAGAGGAUGGAUGUCCUGAGCUAUUCAUGAUACAUGCUGGUCACACAGCUGGAGUCACGGAUUUGAGUUGGUGUCCGUUCAAAGAAUGGACGAUAGGGUCUGUAGCUGAAGACAACAUUGUCCAUUUAUGGGAGGUCAGCAAAGGCUUGCUAGUGAAUGAAGAUACAACUGAUAACAUUCUGAAUAGUCUUCUUGAAUAG